UACUUACCUGUUUACAGAAUAACUCGGAAUACGUCCUGCAACCAACACAACGACAGAAAAUAUAGCACGUUAGAGAAAAACAACAACGCAUACCUUACCCGGAAAAAACCGACAGAAGCUUUAUUCAGAGAACCAGAAACAAUUAGAACAAUUUCGUAAAGUUUGGAUACCGAUUAGUAAUUUGAAGUGAUACAGAAGAUAGCGAGACAGGAAUCAGAAGACUUUUUCGUGGGUGUGUUUGCCAUGGGUUCCGAUAGCUGUUUACAUGCUGAUGGGAAAUGUACUGUUUUGGAAUACACGUGAUUUCAGAUACUGUGGAUUACAAUACGGAAGAAAGCCUUUACAGCUUUGACUUACUUAACGUGCUUGUUUUCGAAUUGGAAUUCAUAUCGGAGGAUAUACUAUUGGAUAUUCUAACAUACAGAAAACAUAAACCAGUUAACAUUUGAAGAAACUUAGCGAAUUUGUGUUCAGAACUAUUUCAAUACAAAAGAGUUUGUGUUCAGAAAUAGAUCAGUACAAAAGUUUGUGUUGAAAAUUAUUUCAAUCCAAACGUUUGCGUUGAUACUUAUUUAAUACAAACGAGAGUGUGUUGGUAAUUAUUUCAGCACAGAAGAGUUUGUGUUGAGAUUGGAAGACGAGACUUGUGAAGUACUUACAGUCUUUGUGUUGGAUUUUACCACGUGGAGGAAGGUUUACGUUUCUGUGAUAUACAACAUGUGGAAGGUUGGAGUGUUUGUGUUUGCUGUGAUAUUCGUGCCAUCGGCGUUUGGUGGGGUGUGUACGACGAAUGGUCCACUUGGUAUGAUAACCGGGGUGAUCCAGGACUGGCAGAUUUCCGCCUCGUCCGUGUACCCCCAGGAAUGGGACCGCGGCUGUCACGAGAAGUACGCCCGGAUAUACCUACCUAACAAGCUGGGCUGGUGCGCCAAGUACAAGUCGUCAUCAGAAUGGCUCCAGGUUGACCUCGGUGUGGCGGCCAGGGUGACUGGAGUUCUUACACAAGGACGAGGCGAUGGAACUGAAUGGGUGACGUCAUUUAUGGUGUCUUACAGCAUGGACGCUUUUCAUUGGAACUACGUCACAGACAGCUAUGGCAACCAGAGGGUUUUCGAAGGAAACACAGACUCGUUCAGUGUGAAACAUUCCUACCUGGACAGGCCCCUCAUCGCCAGAUUUAUAAAAUUCCACACAGUCCACUGGCACAGACACCCGAGUCUGAGAGUGGAGGUGAUGGGAUGUCAAUUGUGUAAAGAGGCGAUUGGUCUGCCCCCUUACGGCAAGAUUUCAUCCUCCAGUGCCAGACAGGCUCGCAAGAAGAGCUCUUGUCAACCAGAAGACGGAAAUAUCUUCAGUCAAAAGGCGUGGUGCGCCAAAGGACAAAAUGAUAAACAAUGGCUUCAGGUUGACGUUGGCCCUCCUACCCUGGUGACGGGGGUUCUGACAAAGGGGCGGGCCGAUACUCGGCGCAAACACUGGGUGGAGCGCUUCCGAGUUUCCUACAGCAACGACACGAGGCUGUGGUACUUCUACAAGGACGCCGACCAUCUUGACCCCAAGAGUCGAUGGUUGUGGAGUCCACCGUUUAAUACAACUUCUUCACAUUUAAUACCUGACAAAUACUCCGAGGAAGGCCUGCUAUUUGGCGGCAAUUCAGAUAAAAAUACGCAAAGGACACAUUUCUUGAACUCGCCGUUCGUUGCCAGAUUUGUGAGGUUCCAUCCUGUAGAGUGGCAUGGCAAAAUCAGCAUGCGGGUCGGUCUCCUGGGCUGUCCUUUCACGGGACGAUGUUCACAAGGUUUCAUGAGAGUGAACGAAGACACUCCAUGUGUUGAAAACUUGGCGUUCAAGAAAGAGAGCUGGAUCAACAACAAGCGACACUACAAACGUCACAUCAGGAAUCAACUGCAGGCGGGCCACGCGUCACGCGCCGUGGACGGUAACCUUGACCUGACCUUCACUAGUUGCACAAUUCUGGACAAUCUGUACGGCGACAACCCAGUGUGGACGGUUGAUCUAGGUACCAAGCAGGCUGUGGCUGGAAUCAUUAUUUACACGUGGCAGGGCGACAGUCCAGACGGCACCCCAAUUUCAGGUGGAAUACAGAGCUAUCCGGUGCAAGGUCACGUUCAAGAGAGGAAGGAGGGCACGUCGUUCAGGGAGUACAUGAAGAACCUCGACAAGCUCGUUAUCUACGUGGACGAGAAGCUCAAGGACGACGACGAGACGUACGCGUCCGGCAACAUGUGCAACUACGUCUCGAGCCUCAACAACGCGCUGUUCGCCAGGAAGAUCCACAUGCAGUGCAUUCGGCGCCACGAGGGCCGCUACGUCCUCAUCGAGGCCUGGGGCGUGCCCAACAGCUGGAGCCGACUCUUCAGCGCCGUCCUCUGUGAGGUGCAGGUCUACAGCUAAUACAGACCUGGGGCUUGUUCACGUUUGUUUUAUUCAGACUGAGAACAGUGGAGAUAAUGGGAGUUUAUGCAGAUCAUGGGACUUCAUGGGUUCCAGGUGAAACAAAAAAUAAAAUAAAACAAAACAAAACAAAAAUAAAAACACUUAAAAGGGUAAACAUCAGCUGGAAGAUUAUUGCUUUCAAGUAAUAAUUAAAAAAAUAUAUAAAUAAAGACUAAAACCGUGUAAAUGGAACUGACAUGAUGUGACCUCAUCGUUUGAAAGACCGGAAGAGUUGUAUAUCCCUUCAAAACAUUGUUAAUAUACUUUCUGGUUGUGAACGUUUAUAGUUACGAUCGAUUUAGUAAGGGUGUUACAGAAUACAUCUAGUGCUUAUCUUACAAACACAAAAUUACUUACAAAUGAGACACGACAUUUCACUCAUGAGGACAAGCGUUGUGUUGAAUCACGUGAUCUUGUGUUACGUCACUGUGUGCUUCCAUAGAUGUGAUUGUCGGGUGUAAGGGACACCAACACAUACUACUGCCAAAGACUGACUUGUCAGCAAAGAGGUCACACUCAACGGUUCUGAAACACGUAGUUGUGUUCUAAGUUCAAAUAAUACAAUAUGCAGCUGUUGUUAUUUCGUAUGUUACAAGAUACGGCUGUUUUCAUUUCGUAUUUUACAAGAUACAGCUGUGACCCAAAUUCGUAUAUUAUGCAAUGCAGCUGUGUUUUCUUGACUUCGUAUAUAACAAGAUACAGCUGUGUUUUCUUGACUUGGCAUAUUACAAUGUACAUCUGUGUCAGAAGUAUAAUACACGAUGCAGCUGUCUUUACACGAUACAGCUGUUUAUAUUACAUCAUGCAGCUGUUUCCUAAGUUAGUAUAUUACAUGUAAGAGCUAUAUCCAAAGUUCGUAUGUUACAUGUUACAGCUGUUUUAUGUUUGUAUAUUACGUGUUAUAUUGUUCUAAUUUCAUAUAUACAUGAUAAGCUGUGUUCGAGAACAUACGUAUCGUAUGGGCAAAUAUACAAAUAGAUCACUUAAUUAAAAAACAAAUAUUUAAAAAUAUUUAUGUACAUAAAUGCAACUUCGAUUACGUCAUGAAGAAAACCUAUUUCUGGUGUGAUCAAAGGACAAUUAAUAUAUUGGUGGCACUAACAUACUUCACCAUAUGUAAUAAAUGUUUUUCAUUCAGCAGUAAAUGCCUUACAAAAACGUCAAAACAAAUUGGAAAUUAGUUGCGAUGACACACGUUAAUGUCAUAUAUGUCAGACAUUUAAUAAUUUAUCAGUAUCGAACCGAUAUUACAUUUUGACCAUUUAUCACAUUAUACUGUAUUUAAAAAAAAACUUUAAAAAAGCACCAUCACAAAUAAAUUAAUGUAUGUCUGUUCAUGGAACGAAGACCAAAUUUACCGUCUUGCCAGCUGGCUAAGGAGUUGCAUGUACUUGUGUUCAUCUUAUCGAAAUAUGUCGUAUUGUUCUUACACGUAUUCAGUGUUGCCCACUGCUGACAGCAAUAACACUGCUGACAUGUUUAUAUGCCAAAGGAAUAAAAUAUAUUGUUUAUAUACGAUUAUAUAUAUAUAUAUAUAUAUAUAUAUAUAUAUAUAUAUAUAUAUAUAUAUAUAUAUAUAUAUAUUAGUGUUACUUGUAUCAUUUCGAUAGCUUUUGGUCACAGUACAGAACCCGUAGGAAUGAUAUGUUAAGUGGGAGGGAGGGGCACGCACGCUAUAGUGAGGGAUGGGCUGGGGACAUAAGCACAUUUCAAGUGAUUUAUAUGUACAAUGUAUAUUCUAAAUGUUAGGGGAAAACAGUAAAUGUUUUGUGUGUUAAGUAAAAAGCAAAGCCCCCAUCAACGAUUCCUACGGGCCUGCGGUUGCAAAGUUUAGAUCGCCAUAAAGACAUAACUAAUAGGAAACAUUAUUGGCAAAUACCUCGAGUUAUUUUAGUUUAAGAACUAUAAUAAUUGUCUCAGUUAAUUUCAACACAUCCCGGUACAUCGUAUUUUCCCUCACAGCCUUCUCCAUUUUAUUAUCAGACCGGAAGGUCGACUAUUGUUCCAUUUUACAGUCAUAUUGUUUUUAAAUUUAAUACAGCAUUUUUAAAAAACAUUUAACAUGCAUCUGUAGCAAUAUAUUCCAACAGACAUGUUUAAUUUAGUUGGACCUAGCAGUAAUACAGUGAUAUAGUAAAAUACGAUUCCAUGUUAUAUAUUCUAUCUAACUUAAAGCAGCCAUCGAAGUGUGGCAUGUUUAUGUAUCGUGAUAUUAGAUUAAAAUAGGGCAGAACAAUUGAUUUAAAAAAAAACUUAACAAUGGCAAUGAAUACGUUUCAUAAUUUAUGAAAGUGUAAAUUGUUUCAUUUAUUCUAAUUUCAUUGCUAGGUCAUAAGAUAUACAGUUAUGUGUAAAUAUAUAUGAAAAAGAAAACAAUGUAUGAUACAGUUGCUAAUACUGUACUGUAUUGUAUGGUGCACUUGUUAAUACUGUACUGCUGAAGUACACCUCCAAAACACUACCUGAGUACCAACUAUGAUGUUUUAUGAACUCAUUGUUCACUAUAAUAAGUGGCAGCUAAGACUUUGAGCUGCCUAUCCCAUAAUGCAUAAUAUAGUAUUCGUUCGAUGUCUCGACAAAUUAAACCAGUCAAAGGUCUGUUAUGUAUUCAGCUGACUGUACAUCCGUUUGUUAUUUCUUUUACAGCAGUCCGUUUUAUGAUAAGCACAUUCAUAGUUUUAUAAUUAUAAAUCUAUGUAAUGUUUAUUAAGUUCAAAGUAGCUGCUAUCCAAAUGUGCUGACUGAACGAAUGAUGUAUAACGACACACCAGCACAAAAAUACACAGCGGCUAUUGGGUGUCUUAACUAAACAGAAAUCAUAAUCGAAUAGGAUUACAUUAAAGAUGAUCGUGGGAUAGGCAGAUUAUCGAAAUAUAGAAGCAUAUCGAUAUUAAAUGUAACCGUAUUAACACCACCCGAUAUCAGAAACAUGCUGUACAAAGUAUACUGUUGCUAAUAAUAUUAUAUAGCAUAAUGACCAAACUGGAUAGUGUAUUAGCGCUGUUUUGUGUUUUGUCAAAUAUGCUUUGAAACCAGUCAUAAUAAUAUACGGUUAGUUUCUCAUGAAUCACCAUGGCAACUGUGAAUACACAGUGGUGUCACCGGAUGUUCAUGAGAAGUGUCCACGUCUAACAAUGGUAAUUGAGAAUUUCCGUCUUACUGUUCAGCAGCGAAUAUUUUGAAAGCAUGCAUUAACCCUGAGAUAUAUGAUCAUACUAUGUAUACAAUUGUACACAAAUGCUUAACUAGCAUUUACUGCUGAAACAUAUACUCAGACCAGUAGUGACGCAAUAAUUCCGCGAAACGGUUUGCGCAUAAUGCCUCGUAUUGCCAAAAAAACGUCCUGUCAAGAGUUGUUACUGAUUGGUCCGUUAGAUAUCACCCUUGGCAACACUGACGUUGGUUUCUCCCCCGAUAGAAGCUCUUGGCACGGUCAUAGCCGUAUGUCCGGGAGGGGCGUGCUUGAAUCUUCAGCGAGUGUUCUCUCAUGUCAAACAAUGACACUGAUGUAUUGACAUUUGUAAUUCAGUUUUAUUGAAAUUUACAAGUUUGUUGCUACUCGUUUUCUUUUCUAGCAGUUUAGAUAAGGCCAGUGUAGAGUUCAAGGACGCGGAGAUCGUAUUAAAACAGGAGCCGAUUUCACAAAACAUCGCAAGAUUCCGACUCGCAGUUAUACCUGCCAUACGUUUUAAUGUGCUUGGCAUAUGUUUUACACACAACAUUACACCAUUAUGGAUGAUUGAGCAUUACAAGGACAUAUGGAAAUUAAAUAUGUAAAUGUCAACCUGCACAUGUAUAUUAGUUGUAUUGUUAGUAGUAGUACGAAUUGUGGUUUAGUCGUAGAUUUACGUUUACGUGAACACUAGUUCAACGAUGUUUUGUAAAACUGGUUCCUCGGAUCUCUAACAAUAAUCUUAAUAAUCAAAAGAGAAUAUUCUGAAUGCUACUAUAGGUAGACGUCGGGAAUUAUAAAACAAAAUACGGACUAACGGACUAAUCUUUUUAUAUACCUCACAGUGCAUAAUUUAUUUAUUGUUGUACAUAUUAGAAUUAUUGUUUGUAAAGUGGUGCAUAUAUAUCAUAUUAUUGUGUCGAUAUUAUUUUGUACUAAAGAGUCUGUAUGAAAUGAAUUCCUGUUUUGAUUUUGGUGUUUAAUUGUUUGUGAUUUUAGAAGUGGUGCUGCGGUUAAUUUGUAUUUGAUGUUACGUGUCCAUAAAGAAAAAACAACACGGUUAAUGGGGUAUAGUGAUGUUAUAAAGAACCAAUACUUGACCAUGUUCGUGUUCACUGUGUUUAUCUUGUUUAUAUAACUGGUUUACUACCAAAAUAUCAAUCAACGGUGAUGGACAAUGGGAUGGGGUGUGGUAAAUCCCUAUUUUGGCUGUAUUUAAUACAUUAAUAUUGUUCAAGACCCAGCAAACAUUUACAGAUUUUCAUUUUAAAUGUAUUUUAGUUUUAUAAUAAUGUUGGAAAACACAUGCCGGAGCAGAGGGUUUAAGCUUUGAAACGUCUAUAGAUUAAUAGUAUACUACAUAGAUUAAUCAUAUACUGCUGUCCAAUUGCAGUAAACUCCAUCAUCAAACUUUACUUUCACGCCUUAGCUUACACAAAACCAGGAGAAUAUGAAUUAACCCUCACGUUCUAAAAAACAAAAGCUUAAGAUUGUCGAUGGUUCCUUGACGUAUUUUAAUAUACACGUAUGUUGUUUUCUCAUUACGACCAUACAUAUAAAGUUCACCAAUUAUCUCCUGACAACCAUUCUAUUUUACAGUUUGUUGGGCGGGGGUGUGUUCUAAGUUUAAUAAUCUUUAAUUCACCGUUUUCACUGUUAUAAAAUAGACUGUCAUGUAUUUGUAUACAUCAGAAAGAUGUUUUAUCAACAGUACGAUAUUAGCACCAGCCUGGCAAAACGUUACGAUGAUGCAUUUUUAACUUUUGCCAAGCAAUAGCUCACGUUAGAGUUAAGUGCAUUAUUUAAUUAUGUAGCAAAAGACGAUUCAUUGUAAAUAACAAUAUUGUAUUUCACUCUCCUUCUUGUUUGUUUUUGUGAUUUUGUUGAUGUUUAUCGGCGGUACUGUUAAUGUUAAUAUGUAAAUAGUUAACUUUAUACGUUACGUACACCAUGACUGUACUACGAUAUUACCGUACUUAUCUAAUAAAUAAUAAUGUUGUU